AUGGCGCACGUGAGGCGUAAACGAGCAAUCAGGGGGGAAAGCUAAAACCCUGUCUCUGUGGAUCUCCAAAACCGACAUAAACCCUUCUAAGUCCUAACGAUCGAAGCGUGAGAGAUCUGCUUCCCAAUCUCCGACGCUAUGAGAAGAGUACCCUCCAUUCUCUUCAGAUCCCUCGCCGCCACGCGCGGUGUUUCUGCCGCCUCAUUCGCCGUCCGUAACCGUUUUAUUCAGACCGGUCUAUAUUGCAGCUCCACCGGCGGCGCCCACGCUCACCGGCGCCGUUUCUCUUCCCUUCUCGGCCCCUUCGCCGCCGCGUCUCUCGGCAUCGCUGGAGCUCUGAUCUCUCAGGAAGUCCUCGCCAAGGAGCCUCCGCCGCCCGAAGUUCUCCCGCGCGACGUCGUUCUCUACCAGUACGAGGCUUGUCCUUUCUGCAACAAAGUGAAAGCGUUUUUGGACUACUACGAUAUACCUUACAAAGUCGUGGAGGUCAACCCACUCAGUAAGAAAGAAAUUAAAUGGUCUGAGUAUCAGAAGGUGCCAAUAUUGAUGGUAGAUGGCGAGCAGCUAAAUGAUUCAUCAGUUAUAAUUGACAAGCUAAGACAUAAGAUUCUGUCAAAGGAAAAAGAAGAUUCAAUCUCUGAAGAUGAUGAAGAAACAAAAUGGCGGCGGUGGGUUGAUAAUCAUUUGGUGCAUGUUCUGUCACCUAACAUAUAUCGAAAUACAUCUGAAGCACUUGAGUCUUUUGAGUAUAUUACGAGCAAUGGCAAUUUCAGCUUUAUGGAAAAAAUUUCAGUGAAGUAUGCUGGAGCUGCAGCUAUGUAUUUUGUGUCUAAGAAUCUGAAGAAGAAAUAUAACAUCACUGAUGAACGUGCUGCUCUUUAUGAGGCAGCAGAAACAUGGGUAGAUGCUCUGAAUGGCCGGGAGUUCCUAGGAGGGUCUAGGCCCAACUUAGCCGACCUGGCCGUCUUUGGGGUUUUAAGACCCAUACGCUAUUUGAGGUCUGGCAAAGAUAUGGUGGAGCACACACGAAUUGGUGAGUGGUACACAAGAAUGGAGAGUGUUGUGGGAGAGCCUUCCAGGAUUAAAGCCUAAAGUGGGAUCUUUUGAGUCCAGACUCCAAACAUGUUUUUUAAUGCUUCUGUUACUCUUGGGGGUUUGCUUCCACUGGUUAGAAGGGAAAAUAUUUGGCUCUUUAGAACGAUACUACAAUGCGGUGCUAAUUAUACAUAGUCCAACGUUUUGCCAAACAAUUGAUUCUUUUAUAAAAUGAUUCAUAUCUGGUAUAGCUGCUGUUAUUGUAAAGAUCAGAGAAAUCUUUGAGCUGUAUCAAAGAAUAAGGCAACAUCUGUUGUGCCAGUGAUAUUUAAAACUUUGGUUUUGAUCAAUUUAAUAGUUGAAAGAACUUGAUUCAGUUGAACAUGAAGUUUCAUUUGCCUACUGAUCAAUGGAUGUGAACAAAUGUUUAAAACUGAAUCGAUGU